AUGUGGUCCCAACAGUGGAACAACAUUUACGACCUCGUGGAACCGUUUUCCGGCAAACAGCGGAUUGACGUGACGAGCGCCAUGGUGAACAAGGGUUGGGACGCUUUGCGGAUGUUUAACGAGUCGGAGCAGUUCUUCACGUCGCUGGGUCUGAUCCCGAUGACUCCCGAGUUCUGGCGGGACUCCAUGAUAGUCCGACCGGAGGGGAGGGAGGUUGUUUGUUACGCCUCAGCAUGGGACUUCUAUAAUAGGAGAGACUUUCGGAUUAAGAUGUGCACGGAGGUGACCCAGGAUGACCUGCAGACAGUUCACCAUGAGAUGGGGCACAUCGAGUACUUCUUACAGUAUAAGGACCAACCUGUGGCGUUUCGGGAGGGCGCGAAUCCUGGUUGGGUUGUCACCGCCUGCAGGCAAACCGGGAGAGGCGAGGUCACUACCUGUUGGACCG